GUGAAUUUCAGUUUUUGCAUAUACAUUGCAAUAGUAUAUUUCAUACAUUUUAAUAAAUAAAAAUAACUAAUACUUCAAAAUGUUUGCCGUCAGCUCGAUUUUCUUUAAGGCGAACCACUCCAACGCAGCGCCCCAUACGAAUAACUCAACAAAAUGUCAACGAUUUGGACAACAACAAAUUCGGGAUUAGAAAAUGGUUUGGGAGCACAACUUAAAGCGCUUAGUUACCAAGUGAGAAGCAAUAAUAACAGAGCUCAUAUUAACAACAACAACAAAGUUGAUAAUAGCAAUACAGGAGUACAUCACACACCAAGCGGUGCCAGCAGUUCAAGCUCUUCUCAUUCCCAUUUACAACAAACAAGUGUAUUACCGACACAUUUGUCUUCGAAUAUUAUUACUGUGGCCACAGGACAACACUCGAAUCCUUACUAUAACAACAACAAUAACAACGGCGGAAAUAAUAUCCAACACCGACAAAGCAUAUCACAUUCACUGCCGCAAUACACUCAGCAAAACUCAAAGUGGAGCUGUUUUGUUGCUGCUACGUUUUCUCAUUACACCUUGGUAUUGUGCGAAAUUCUUAUUACUCGUUGCUUUCAAUAUUCUUGGCCUUCAAUUCAAGUUGAACAACAACAAUGCAAAGCACUUUGUUUUUGUAAUUCCAGACUUAGCUGCUUACGUUUCUAGAGAGCUUUAGCGAAGUAUGUUAGCACAGUACUGACGUCAUCUCAUUCAAUUCCAAUUAUAACUUGCGUGCCUUUUACAGCAAAAACCACCUGAAAUCUUUGAAUUUGUUACUUUUAUUUUAUAAACU